AUAUAUAUAUAUAUACAUGUAUAUAUACAUAUUGUUUUUUAAUUAUAUGUGAAAUUUAUCAUCAUCGUAAAAUUAUGGCACAUUUUUCGAGUGCUAAUGAUGACAACGAUGUGCUUGUUAAUGAAAUUGAAAUUUUAUUUCCAGAAAUCGCAGAGGACGAUAAAAUAAAAACGGCUGAAUUUUUGAAUGCAGCACGAGGCAUUGUGCGAAUUGUUGAAAAACUUGGCAAAGUAUUCGCACCAGUUAAAUAUGAUAUUAAUGGAAACAUUGACAAACUCGAAACAAGAUAUGCAACGAAUAAAGAAAAAAAUGUAAUUCUACAAGACAUGAUUUUAAUUGAAAAAGCUACCGAGACUAAUUUAAUCGCAACGGAUGCUUUAUUAUGGUUAACAAGAGCGUUACACAUGAUUUUACUUUUUUUCGAGAAAAUUGUAGAAGAUGCUAAAACAGCUACACCAACAGAAGAUCUAGUUGCAUUUUUAAAAAAAUCUUAUAAAGAAGCUUUAGAACCAUAUCAUGGUUGGAUGGCACAACAACUUUUUGAUCUACUUUCACGUAUGGUUCCUACACGUUUACAACUUUUACAAGCACUUACCAAUAAACAAAAUAUUGAAAAUGAUAUUGUUAUCAACAAUAUAGAAACAUAUUUAAUACGUUUACGAAAAAAUGUAUCAGUAAUACAGUUAUUUUAUAGAACUCAUAAUCUUGAUAGCUAAUCAUGAUAUAAGACAUAAUUAAUUAAAUAGACUUAUAUGUAUUAGGUAUUGCAUUGAUUAGAAAUUUUUACAAAACAAAAAAUCAAAACAUUUGUAUUUUAAUAUAAAAAUUACUUGUAAAUGUACUUAUUCUAUAUAUAAUUAUAAAAUUAUUUUAGAAGAUAAAUUACCGUCCAUCAUUUGUACGUAUACCGUAUAAAUGCAUUAAAUAAAAUACUUUAGCAUGAUGAUUUGCCAAAUUUUUUAAAGCAAUCAUACCUGUAAUAAUUUCAAUAAAAAGAAGGCAAACCAUAAA